AUGAGUGCGACGACGGAGCUGCCGACGAAAGAGGCACACGUGCUUAAAGGACACGAAGGAGCGGUUUUAGCGGCGAGGUUUAACGGCGACGGAAACUAUGCUCUCACCUGCGGAAAGGAUCGAACAAUCCGCCUGUGGAACCCGCACCGUGGAAUCCUAAUCAAGACCUACAAAUCCCAUGGCCGUGAAGUCCGCGACGUUCAUGUCACUUCAGACAAUGCCAAAUUCUGUUCAUGUGGUGGUGAUCGGCAAGUGUAUUACUGGGAUGUUUCAACCGGACGCGUAAUCCGUAAAUUCCGUGGCCACGAUGGAGAGGUGAAUGCAGUGAAGUUCAAUGAUUCAUCAGCUGUAGUUGUAUCAGCUGGUUUCGAUCGCUCUCUACGUGUAUGGGAUUGCAGAUCUCACAGUGUUGAGCCUGUUCAGAUCAUUGAUACGUUUUUGGAUUCAGUCAUGUCUGUUGUUGUAACAAAGACUGAGAUUAUUGGUGGUAGUGUAGAUGGUACUGUUCGAACAUUCGACAUGCGUAUUGGUAGGGAGAUGUCAGAUAACUUAGGACAACCGGUAAAUUGUAUAUCGAUAUCAAACGAUGGAAACUGCGUUUUAGCUGGUUGCUUGGAUUCUACUCUGCGUCUCCUUGACCGAACCACUGGAGAGCUACUCCAAGUCUAUAAAGGUCAUGUUUCUAAGUCAUUCAAAACUGAUUGUUGUCUCUCUAAUUCGGAUGCACAUGUGAUUGGAGGAUCAGAGGAUGGAUUGGUUUUCUUUUGGGAUUUGGUUGAUGCAAAAGUGGUAUCGAAAUUCCGAGCUCAUGAUUUAGUGGUGACAAGUGUGAGUUACCACCCGAAAGAAGAUUGUAUGUUGACUUCUUCGGUCGAUGGUACAGUUCGUGUCUGGAAAAAAUGA